UCUAACAUACUGUGGUCUGUCAGUGAGGUAGUCCAAUAUCCAUGUUGUGAGGCGAGUUAUCCAAACUGAAGUGGGUGCAAUGAUGAGCUCACCAGUGGCCGAAGACAAAAGCCACUAUUUCAAUGUUCAAACAUUUGAAUUUCUAAAACCAGCUUGUCACUUUUCUCAUAAAACUUUAUUAUAACUAUUAAUUAACAUAAUGAUUGUUUCAUGAUGGGAAAUGUGAGAAUGGCACUUUCAUAAUUGACUUUUACUAUUGCAGGGAAAAUAUUCAUCCUGCUCUUCUUAAAGAAAGUCCUCUCCCUUAGUCCAUCAGUCCAUCAGGUGGAAGUGGAUCCAGAAAUGAAGUCAGUCAAGCUGCCAGUCUCCAUAAUUCAACUGCCUAAAGAGAGUACAGUGGAGUGGAUGGACAGAGAGAGAGUUUGCUGGGCUGUUAGAAUGACAAAGAAAAAUGUCUCCAUCCAAGCUCAUGUUGUGCUUUGUUUCCUCUCAGUUUACCAGGUGGAGGUGGAUUCAGAGAUGCAGUCUGUUCAGCUGCCCUUUAACACCACACUUCACCUGCCUGAAGAUGCUAAAGUGGAGUGGAGGAACAAUUACAAUACAAAGGUCCACGUGUAUAAGAACGGCUCUGACCAGCCUGAAGAACAGCACCAGGUUUUCAGAGACCGAACGAAGAUGAAUGAAGACUUGCUGAAAACUGGAGACCUCAGUCUGAAUCUGAAAUACCCCACAGAUGGAGACAACUCCACCUACACCUGCACCGUCUACAGCAGGGAGGGAAACAUCCUGCUGAGGAGAAAAGUGGAGCUGAAAGUCAGAGUUUACCAGGUCGAGGUAGAUUCAGAGGUGGAGUCAGUCAAGCUGCCCUGCAAAACCACAGUUUUUGUGCUUAAAGAUGCGAAAGUGGAGUGGAAGGACAAAGAUGACAGGAAGGUCCACGAGUAUGACAAUGGCGUUGACCAGCCUGAAGAACAGCACCAGGUUUACAGAGACCGAACAAAGAUGAAUGAAGAACUGCUGAAAACUGGAGACCUCAGUCUGACCCUGAAACACCCCACAGAUGGAGACAACUCCACCUACACCUGCACCGUCUACAGCAGGGAGGGAAACAUCCUGAUGAAGAAACAAGUAAAGUUGCAAGUCAGAGGUCAGUGCUGAAGAACUGAGUGGAAAUCCGGGUCAGCUUAAAAAUUAUUGUGU